UUCGGUCGCGGUCGAUCGUCGUGGGUAAAAUUUUGUAGUGACUGCUCCGUAAGCAGUGAGAUUGUGCGAAAAACUCUAAAAAGUCAGUGCAAAUUGUGUUGAAAAGCGCGAAAUCUUAUUCAGGUCGAUAGUACUGGUGUUCCAAAGGUUGAAGUGAGUGAAAAUUGCCGGUUAAAAUUGUUCAUAAUAGCAGAGUAUUGCUUCAAACUUCGUUUCGCUAGCCGAUCAAAAGUAUGCAAAACGUGGAACUCGUAGAGCGAAGGCUUCGGCCCAUCUUUGAAUCAAUUGAGAUUGGAAACUAUAAGAAGGCUCUGCAAGAUGUGGAGAAGGUGCUGAGAAAGAAUCCAACCAUUCAGUGCGGACGAGCGUUAAAGGCUUGGGCCUACAUCAGGCUGGGACGAGAUGAGGAAAGUGCCAUCCUUAUCCAGGCUCUGGAGCAGGAAACCCCGACAGAAUCUACGACGUUGCAUGUGAUGACGCUCUGCUACAAAGAAACGGAUCAGCUGGACAAAAUAUGCCACAUGUUCACCAGUGCCUCAAAACAACAGCCAGGCAACGAGGAACUGUUGUCGCAGCUUUUCAUUGCCCAUAUGAGAGUCAACGACUUCAAGGCACAGCAAACGGUUGCCUUGCAGCUGUACAAGCUGAAACCACGUAAUCCGUUUUACUUCUGGGCAGUCACAAGCAUUCUGCAGGCUUUGCGUGGUCCCGAUGCCAAGGACCAACAAAAGUCCAGUUUGCUUCUUUCGCUAGCCCAGCGAAUGGUUGACAAACUGAUCGGGGAGAAUAAGCUGGAAGCAUCGCAGGAAGUUCAGUUAUAUCUGCAAAUUUUGCAACACCAGGAGAAGUAUGAUGAUAUGUUGACCUUUUUGGAUGGACCCGUAUGCACUAAGAUGUACCCUGGGGCGCCUCACUCGAUCAGAAUCGAGUUGUUGCAGAAGCAAAAAUGGGCAGAUUUAAACAAACUGAUGAAACAGUUGCUCACAGAGGACUCGGACAGAGGGGAUUAUUACCAGGAUUAGAUACAAUCAACCAUGGGAAUGAUAAAAAAUAAGGCCGAGGCACCGGAAACGGAUCAUACAGUUGACAUGUGGGAUGAGUUCAUAGCCGGGAUCACGGAGGCACAACCACGAAAAAACCGGGGUCCUUAUUUGGCGCGGCUUGAAUUGACACGGCUGAUGGUGGAGCACAAAUUUGACAAAGAGCAACAAUUUGGCGAGUUAACGGAUCUUCUGUUGGAUUAUUUCCGCAUGUUUGGCGACAAGACCUGCUGCGCAAAUGAUCUAAAACUGUUUUUGGAGUACGUUGAACCAGCGAAAAGACCCGGUUUUGCCGCUCAGCUUAUGCAGGAGUGCCGAAUCAAUCCGGUCACAUUGCCAAGCAGUAAAGAGCAUAUGCAACGGCAUAUUUGCUCACUGCAGAUAGCACGAUUCUGCGGAGCUCAUGCCACUUUAAGCGAGGAGCAUUUGUCGGCUCUUUAUACCGCUUUGAGUUUGCACUACGAGCAUGGCUACAACACGUUCGGGCAAGGACUCCUUCCGACGGAUAUGGGUCAUUCGGAUCCCUAUGCUUUAUUAGCAGUGAACAUCAUGUACGAUCGCGCCUGGAAGUUGCAGCGAUCGGAGCCACUGGUGGAAGCGCUCUGUCUGUUGAACCACCUGCUCUCAAACAGCAUCAACAACUUCCACGGAAAACUGCUGAAUCUGCAGCUUUACCAUCGAUUGGGUUUAGUGGAGGCAGCCCACCGAGCGUACGAAUCACUUGACAUUAAGCACAUCCAGCUGUACUCGCUCGGUUAUCUGCACUGUAGCCACCUGUGCAAUGGGGGCUUUCCCGCUUUGGCCAAGCAAAGUUUCUACCAGACGCUCAACUUCUUCAUCAAUGAUCACCAGAAGAGCGUUGAGUUUCUCAAAAUGUCCUUCAACUUUGGUUUCUUUUCGAAGUUGAUCGAGUUCCUUGACUUCAAGGAUCGACUCUCGAAUAGUUUGCAUUUUACGCUUAUCUCGGUUGAGGCCUUACUACUGGAGAUGGUUUGCUUCAGUGGAACGCUAGUGCAGAAUCUGGCUGCCUAUCGGUUGAUGCGAAUAAAACCGCAAGAGGACCGAAUCAAGUGGGACGAAAUGAGUGACAAUCGUGAUUUGACGAUAUUUGUGCACUGGGACCCGGUGGUGGAUUACUCCAAGGUGCUUCCGCCAGAAGGCGCAGAGUCCGUACUGAAAAAUAACGAAAACUAUGCCAUCGUGCUGGAGGCGAAGACCGUUGAACAGCUGCGUGAAGAAUGCCAGAAGGAGAGUUUCGCGCAGGAACUGGAACUGCUCCAAAUACGCUCGGGUUUGUUGAGGCUGGUUUCCUCAUUUAUCGAGCUGUUUACCAAGGGAGGUGACGAAGAAUACCAAACUGCGGUAGAUUUGAGUCGCCACUGGGAUGAGCUCUUCGUGAAAGUGCGAUCCGAAAACCGAUUUCCUGCAUGCAAAAGAUUUCUAGUCAAUUUAUUACCAUCUCGUUUGCAUACGGUGCUGGCAAUGCCAUACGAAGAGACACUCCGAGAUAUGGCCCGAUUUUUGCUGGCAUUGUGGAAAGGCGAAAAGCACGAUCUAAUACGAUCAGGUGCGGAGGCAUGCGUACAACACGUUAACAAACUGUUCGCGCUGAUAGCGAGCUCGAUCAAGACUUAUGGAACCUCCGAUGAUUUGCUGUGGAACUGAAUGGAGGUUCACGAAACGGUCAAUGCAUGUAUUGAGAUUGCAUCGCUCGUUCUGCUCGUAAUGACAAUGUGUUACGAUAAAUACUCACAGGCACCUGCUCCUCAGCCAACGAGAAAGGGCAAAAAGAAGGAUUCGGAGCAGAACAACCACGAAGGCGCAGUGGUUCUGAUGGCGGACAAGAAUCGACUGCAGCUGUUGGUGGAUGUGCUGCGGACUCUCAAAACAAAUCUGGUUGAGUGUGAAGCCGUACUCUCAUCCUGGGAACUACCACUGCUUUCGGACUCAUUAGCGGCCGCCCUCGAACAGAUGUCGCUCGAUGCCAAGAGCGAGAGUGCCGUUCGAUUGAAACUGAUGGACAGUCACAUAGGUGAGAUUAAAGAACUGAAAAAGUUAUUAAAAGACAAACUAAAGUUGAUCAAUAAAUCGAUUUAAUGAUUUA